AUGGCGACACCCCCAUCCGCCAAGUCCCUGCUGCACCUCUACUCUUCCAUGCUGCGCACAUCACGGUCAUUUAGCUCUUACAACUUCCGAGAAUACUUUAUACGGCGCACCAAGAGCAACUUUCGAGCAAUCCAGGAUGAAAAGGAUCCAGCGAGAGUGUCUUCGUUAUACAGUGAUGCUGUGAAAGAGCUUGCAGUGCUCAAGCGCAGUGCGAUUGUCAACCAGCUCUAUGGGGGCUGGCGUCUGGCUGUGGAAAAGCAGAAGCCGUCGAGGGACCGAGGGGACACAUGA